AUGACUCCACGACCACGCACAGCAUUCAUCACAGGCGGGUCAAGCGGCCUAGGCUAUGCCCUCGCCCAGCGUCUCCUUUCCCAAAACUACCACAUCUUCAUCGCCGACAUCUCUUUGGAUGGUGCAAAAGAAUUGGCCACAACCCACAACACGCCGUCUGUCAGCAAAGUUCACUACGCCGGCGCCGACGUGUCUUCCUGGGACUCCCAACUCUCCGCCUUCAAGCAAGCCCUCCAAGCCCUUAAAGGCCGCAUCGACUACGUCUUCCCCAUCGCCGGCAUCGGCGAGCGCCGAUGGCUUCCCUUCGCCGAGGAGAGCGCAGAGGGUGACUUCGUCAAACCUAACCUGCAAACGCUUGAGGUCGAUUUGACGGGCGUGUUGUACACUGUUGCGCUAGCAGUGCAGCAGUUUCGCCGCCAGGAGAAAGAUGAGCGAGGCUGGAAAGGUAAACUCGGUCUCGUGGCGAGUAUUUGCGGGUUCUCCCCUGUACCCGCAGUCCCUGUGUAUUCGGCUGCAAAGUACGGCGUUGUGGGCCUGACGCGCACGUAUGGGAAGAUGCUUCCGACAGAGGGCAUCACUGUCAAUGCAGUGUGUCCUGGGAUUGCGCGGACGAGCAUCAAUACCGAGGCAUUCUACAAGAGCGUCGAGAAGGAUGGGAUUCUGGUGUCAAUUGAUGGGGUGGUAGAUUCAUUUAUGGAUAUGAUUGAGGGAAGCGGAAGUGCAGAGUUAUAUGUUUGUGGGCCGGAGGGGUACGUGAAGAAGGAAGAGGAAAAGUAUGAUGCGUGGCUGCAAAAGAGUAUCGAUGUGCUUGAUGAGGGGCAUAGGUGGAUUCAUUACUCUGGACUCUAA